AUGACCACCAUCAUUCUGGGCUCCCAAUGGGGGGACGAGGGUAAGGGGAAGCUCAGCGACAUUCUCUGCCAAAAGGCUCAGAUCUGCGCCCGCGCGGCAGGCGGCCAUAAUGCAGGCCAUUCGGUUGUUGCCAACGGCGUAGAGUACGAUUUUCACCUCUUGCCCUCGGGCCUUGUGAAUCCGGACUGCAUCAACCUGAUCGGGUCGGGCGUGGUCUUCAACGUGCAGGCCUUCUUCAAGGAGCUCGAGACGCUGGAGGCCAAGGGCCUGACGCACGCGCGUAAGAAGCUGCUCGUCAGUGACCGCGCGCAGGUCAACCUGGAGCUUCAUGCGCGCGUCGAUGGUCUCGAGGAGCGCGAGCUGGCCAACCAGAAGAUCGGCACAACGGGCCGCGGCAUCGGCCCCUCUUAUUCGACCAAGGCCGCACGCAACGGGAUACGCGUGCACGAGAUCUUCGACCAGGAGCACUUCGAGGCUAAGCUGCGUCGGCUGGCUGCUGGCUACAAGAAGCGCUUUGGUGAUUUGCUCGAGUAUGAUGUUGAGGAGGAGAUUGCUCGCUUCCGCGAGUACCGCAAGAAGUUGCCCGAGUUUGUGGUUGACGCUGUGAACUUUAUGGCUAAUGCCCAGAAAAAUGGGGUUGAGAUUCUGGUCGAGGGAGCCAAUGCGUUGAUGCUGGACAUUGACUACGGCACCUAUCCCUUCGUCACUAGCAGCAACACUGGCCUGGGCGGUGUCAUUACCGGGUUGGCCAUCAACCCGCGAACUAUCAAGGAAAUCAUUGGUGUUGCCAAAGCAUAUACCACAAGAGUAGGCGAAGGCAUCUUCAAGACUGAGGACACCGGCGAAGUUGGCCAGAAGCUGCAGCAGAUCGGCCGGGAAUGGGGCGUCUCGACCGGCAGGAAACGCAGGUGUGGUUGGCUCGACCUCGUAGUGCUCAAGUACUCGGCAUCGGUCAACUACUACACGGCCUGGAACCUGACGAAGCUUGACGUCCUGGACACAUUCCCGACCAUCAAGGUUGCCGUCGCCUAUAAGGACCCCGAGACGGGCGCCGAGCUCGACUACUUCCCCGCCGACCUUAGCUACCUCGAGAAGUGCGAGGUUGUGUAUAAGGAGUUAGAAGGCUGGAUGAAGCCGACCACGUCAGUCCGGAAGUGGGAGGAUCUGCCGCCACAAGCGCAGGCAUAUGUCAAGUUCAUCGAGGAGUUCACGGGCGUGCCAGUGAAGUGGAUCGGGACUGGCCCGGCGCGGGACGACAUGAUCUACCUGUAA